UUCAUUGGAAAAGUUUGAGCUCCACACCCAUCCCACUGAAACACCAGCGGGACACGACUCUGCAUCUCAGCUGCUUCUCACUGAGGACCAUCAGGAUGAGUUUGGUAUCAGAGUUUCUGGGACAGCUGUCUCUCAACAUUGGGGCCAACGAGCAGCUGUUCCCCACGGUGGUGCCCGUCGUGGACUUUGACCCCGACAGAGAUGCAGCCAGAAUCGAGACCGCCAUCAAAACUAAAGGAGUGGACGAGCAGACCAUCAUCGACGUCUUAACAAAACGCACGUACGCCCAAAGGAGAGAGAUCGCUUUUUCUUAUGAAAGGAGGGCAAAGAAGGACAUGAUCUCAGCCCUGAAGGGGGCGCUGUCUGGCUCUCUGGAGCACGUGAUCCUCGGACUGAUGAAGAGCACGGUCCAGUAUGACGCCUCAGAGAUCAGAGGAUCCAUCAAGGGUUUGGGAACAGAUGAAGAAACGCUUAUUGAGAUUUUGUGCUCACGCAGCAACGCCGAGCUGGUGGAAAUCAAGAAGGUCUACAAAGACUUGUUUAAAAAGGACCUGGACAAAGACGUGGCCGGAGACACAUCUGGAAACUUCGCUAAGCUGCUUCUGGCUCUCGUGCAGACGAAGAGAGACGAGCCGUCUUCUGUUGUGGACUAUGAAAAGAUUGAUGAAGAUGCCAGAGCUUUGUAUGACGCCGGAGUGAAAAUAAAAGGAACUGACGUCCCAACAUGGAUCUCCAUCAUGUCUGAGAGAAGCGUCCCCCACCUGCAGAGAGUGUUCCAGAGGUAUAAGAGCUACAGUCCGUACGACAUGCAGGAGAGCAUCGAGAAGGAAGUGAAGGGAGACCUGAGGAAGUCCUUCCUGGUGCUAGUUCAGUGCUUUGAAAACAAACAGCUGUACUUUGCCAAAAGACUCAAUGAAGCCAUGAAGAGUAAAGGAGCCAAAGAGAAGAUGGUGACCCGGAUCAUCGUGUCCCGCUGUGAGGUGGACCUGAAGAAGAUCUGCUCCGAGUACAAGGCCACCUUCGGACAGUCCCUGCAGAAGACUAUCCUGGAACACACUAAAGGAGACUACCAGAAGGUCCUGCUCGGCCUCUGUGGACCAGAGGAGUAGGAGCUGAGUUCAAGGGCCGCAUUGUCCUGGAAUUCUGACUGUCCUGACUGAAGCCCUUCUUUAUUUUCCUGAAAACAUUUGAAUGCAAAAAUUCAAGUGGAAUCAUCUUUCUUUUUGAUUGAUAAACACACAUAGUAAUAAAGCUGCUUU